AUGGAAACAACACCUUCUCAACCCAAAAGGCGUGGCAGACCAAAGGGUUCUUCCACCAAAUCCAAAGACGAAAAGGAAUCCCACAGGAUGAGAGGUAGUGUUGAGAAAAGAGCUGCUUCUGUUGAUGAGAAAUAUGUUCAGUGGAAAUCACUCGUUCCAGUUCUCUAUGACUGGUUCGCUAAUCACAACCUCGUUUGGCCUUCCCUCUCUUGCAGGUGGGGUCCAAUAAUUGAGCAGGGUUCUCUGAAAAACCGCCAGCGACUCUACCUUUCUGAACAGACGGAUAAGUCAGUGCCUAAUACUUUGAUCAUCGCCAAUUGUGAUGUGGUUAAGCCCAGGGUUGCAGCAGAAAAUCACAUUGCAAAUUUCAAUGAAGAAGCACGCUCGCCAUUUGUGAAGAAGUACAAAACCAUAAUACAUCCGGGAGAGGUUAACAGAAUUAGAGAACUCCCACAGAACAAAAACAUAGUGGCAACCCAUACUGAUGGUCCUGAAGUUCUCAUUUGGGACAUCGAAGCUCAGCCUAACAAGCAUGCUGUCGCUGGUGCUGCUGCUUCACGUCCGGAUCUGGUAUUGAGUGGGCAUCAAGACAAUGCAGAAUUUGCUCUGGCUCUGAGCCCCAUGGAGCCCUUUGUCCUCUCUGGAGGAAAGGACAAAACUGUGGUCUUGUGGAGCAUUCAAGACCACAUUUCAACAUUGGCAGCAGAUGAACCCAAGUCUGCAGGAUCAGCUGGCUCUAUAAUUAAGUCUGCUGAUAAUCCUUCAAUUGGACCACGUGGUAUCUUCCUGGGCCAUGAUGAUACUGUAGAAGAUGUUCAGUUUUGCCCUUCAAGUUCACAGGAAUUUUGUAGUGUUGGUGAUGAUUCAUGCCUCAUACUAUGGGAUGCUCGAGUUGGUAACAAUCCUGUUGUAAAGGUUGAGAAAGCGCAUGAUGCUGAUCUUCAUUGCGUCGACUGGAAUCCUCAUAAUGACAAUCUUAUCAUAACCGGGUCCGCUGAUAAUUCGGUUCGCUUGUUUGACCGGCGAAAUUUAACUUCGGAUGGGGUUGGAUCACCGGUACAUAUGUUUGAACAUCACACAGCCGCAGUUCUCUGUGUUCAGUGGUGUCCGGAUAGGUCUUCUGUGUUUGGGAGCUCUGCAGAGGAUGGUCUGUUAAAUAUUUGGGACUAUGAGAAGGUUGGUGAAACAAAAGAUACUGAAGCUAAAUCUGAAGAUGAUCCUCCUCCAGGCUUAUUUUUUCAGCAUGCUGGCCACAGGGAUAAAAUUGUGGACUUUCACUGGAAUGCAUUGGAUCCAUGGACUAUUGUUAGUGUGUCUGAUGACUUGGAGACCAACGGUGGAGGCGGCACACUACAGAUAUGGCGCAUGACUGAUUUGUUGUACCGGCCGGAGAAGGAAGUCUUGGCUGAGAUGCAACAGUUCAAGGACCAUGUGAGCAAGUGUGCUCCAAAGUCCAAAGCCUGAUUCAUUUUAGUGUAAUGGUGCUCUCGGAAGAAAUAUAAUAGUAGGCACUAGAGUACACCAUAUAUGAGUGUAACAGUAUCUGUAAUAGUUAGUUGGAACGGAUUUAGCAAGGACUAUUGAUAUUUGCAUGUAGGAGAUACGCUUGAAAGUGGUUAUUGUAUGCUAGUAGACGUUAAGCGGCAGGUAACCAGACUGUCUAGCAUGAUGUAUUGAUGCUGUAUGUACUGGAUUUGUGGCGUUUUGCUACUUGGUUGUUUGCUUUCUUGUUUGGCAUGCGAA